AUGCGCUUUCAUGCUCUGUCAACAGCUAUCACUAGUGGAAGAUUUAGUCGAAAAUUCUUGCAGGCUUUAUUAUUUUCUUCGCAGUCUAACAUGGCAGAUAAAUGUCACUUGCACGAAUCAUUACAGGAUGUCUCUUGGCUGUUAGGCACCUGGAGUGGCCAAGGAGAUGGCAUCUAUCCUAACAUUAAAUCAUUUUCCUAUAAGGAGGAAAUUAAAUUUUCCCAUGUUGGCCAGCCCAAUCUACAGUUUCAAUCAAGCAGUUGGCAUCUGACGAAUAACACACCGAUGCAUUUUGAGAGUGGCUUUUGGUUCUUUGAUCGCAAUCACGUCAAAGCUGCUAUUGCUCAUAACCUGGGUGUCUGCGAUAUUAUGGAAGGUGAAAUGACAAACAAUCAAAUUACCGUGACGACUACAGAUAUUACAAGAAAAUCGGAUUCGAAGCCUCCUAAAGUAACAAAGGUUCAAAAGAUUUAUAAACUCUUGGAGGAUGGAGAUUUAGAGUAUAUCAUGCUGAUGGAAACGGAACAGUAUCCGCUACAAGAACACUUAAGAUCUCGAUUUAAAAAACAGUGA